GACUAGGGCACCCUUGCAAAGUGCAAGCCGAUCAGCACCGGCACAGAAUUGCUCGGAUUUCCGCACCCGCGCGCGGCCUCAUGUGGUGCCUGGAGAGGCUCGGCUUUGGUCCCGAACGCAGGAACGGGAUUCUUCAGGGUCGGGCGCACCAAGUCCCGGCCCUCACUCCUGCCGCCUGCGCAAACGUGCUCACCCCGGACCGCAUCCCCGAGUUCUGCAUCCCCCCACGACUCGCGUCCUGCACUGCCCUGGCUGCACUUCGGGUUUCCUGGAGCGAAGCAGCAGAAAUAGACAGCGCGGCGCACACGGACUGGGACCCGCGCUCGCAGGCAGCGCUGUCGCUGCCGCACCUGCCCCGCGCGCUCACCGCCUACGGCUUCUGCGCGCUGCUCGAGAGCCCGCACACCCGCCGCAAGGAGUCGCUCUUCCUCGGGGGCCCCGCCGCCGCCCCGCUCGCGCCCCGGGACGCAGCUCCCGCCUCCGCCCCCGCGCUCCCCGCGGGCCCCCGCGCGCCCCCGGACGCGCCCGCCCCGCCGCUCCGCGCCCGCCGCCUCCUGCGCGCGCCGCAAGGGCUGCUGCGCCGCGCGCUGCGGGCCCGGAGGAGCCGAGGCCCGGCCCGCGCCCGCUCCGUGUCCAGCGGCGACGGCGACGAGGACGAGGAGCGCGGCGCCGUCUCGGGGCCCGGGCCCCAGGCCGCGUCCGCGUCCCCACCGCCGCCGCUGCCCUGCGCCGGCCCGCGGCCCGAGCGCCUGGAGGCCGAGGGCACCGUGGGCCUGGGCCGCGCCGGGGGCGCCCUGCGCCUGGCCGCCGAGUACAGCCGCGCCAGCGGGCGGCUCCGCGUCCGGCUGCUGGGCGCCGAGGGCCCGGCCGCGGGGACCGCCGCGUCGCCCGCCGUCGGCUGCCGCGUCAGCUUCGUCCUGCGGCCGCCGGGCCAGACGCGCUCGCAGCGCAGCGCCGUGGUCCCGCGGAGCCGCAAGGCCGCCUUCGACCAGGACCUGUGCGUGGACGGACUGUCGGAGGACCAGGUGCGCCGCCUGGCCGUGCGGGUCCAGGCCGAGCCGCGGGGUCGCGGCCUGGAGCGGGGCGGCCAGCGGGGCCAGGGCGAGCUGCUGCUGGGCUCCCUGCUGCUGCCCUGAGGCCGCCCGGGCCCCAGAGCGUCCCCUCGGGGCGCGCCCGGCGCGCUGGGGGCUCGGACACGGACAGCCGCCUCGGACAAAAUGAAAGUGUAUUUA